CUGGCUUACCGCACCUAUGGUUCACCCAACAACCCCGCCAUACUGAUCCCGACCUGCUUUUCCGGCAAAAUUGAAACGACAUUGGCUUUCUUGUACGGAAGUGAUGAUUCUGUCCUGAAAGACUAUUAUAUCAUUGUCAUUGGCCUUCUCGGUGGCAGCGAGUCCUCGUCGCCCUCAAAUGCCCCCGAGCCUACCAGGUUCCCGCAAACUUCUUACGAGGACAACAUCCAUCUCCAGUACAAGUUGCUCAUGGCUUUGGGUAUCGAGAAGCUGGCUGCUUACAUUGGCUUCUCCAUGGGCGGCACUCAGGCCUACUACUUUGCCAUCCUCUAUCCCGACUUUGUGCAGCGCGUUGUUGUCCUCGCCAGUUCAGCGAGAACCAGCUGGCACAACAAGUCUUUUCUUGAGGGCCCCAUUGCGGCACUUGAAUCUAGUGUUGACUGGCACGAUGGACUAUACACUGAGCCUGCGGUCCGUGGAACCAGAGCUUUCGCGCGCGUAUACUCGACUUGGGCUCUAAGUUCGGCUUGGUUCCGCAAGGAACAAUGGAAGAGACUUCACUGUGAGACUGUCGAGGACUACCUCGUCAAGGUCUGGGACAACGCCAUGGGAAAGUGGGACGCUCGCGACUUGAUGCAUUUGGUCAACACUUGGAGAGGCGGCGACAUCUCUGAUCACGGGCCGGUCAAGGGUGAUCUCCCUUCCGCGCUAGCGAGCAUCAAAGCUAAGGUUCUGUUGAUGCCAAGUCGAACGGACUUGUACUUUCCUCCGGAAGACAGUGAGGAGGAAGUGAAGCAUCUGAGAUUUGGGGAACUAAAGGUUAUUGAGAGUGUUUGGGGACAUCUGGCUGGUGGA